GAUAUUCAGCGAGAACAGGAACGUACUGUACCAGUCACCAGGAAACGUCUUUUAUUUAUCGGACACAAUAAUGGCAUCCACCCAACCGCCGUUGUACCGUUGUUCUCUCCGCGGCCCAGUCGACAAAGGAGGGUUUCAGUCGUCGCUCUGAAGCCGCCAUUACCCCCGCUGCUUCCUGGGCCUUGCUGCUCACCCACAAUGCAUUGCCAGAGGCUUUUGUGUAUCUCAGACGGACCAAUGUAACCACUGCCACCACUCCAUCUACAGCACUCCACAGCAGCACAACAGGAAGGUCCUGUCCUGGUUGGUCUUCUUGGUUCUUUGUCUUUACUGUAACUAUGUCUGGCUCAGGCGACUUACCAGCCAUAGAGGGCUCCGGGAUAGGCGGGAUGAAGCUUCCCAUCGGGAUGACCCGCCGAGCCCUCAGCUACGACGACAACCUGGAGGCCCCCAUGUCCACACCCCCCCACGACAUCAGCAUCAACAACCUGUGGAGACGACCCAUCAUACCGGAGAGGAAGUUCUCACACCUGGCUGAGGAGGAUGAGAGUGGUGCAGUGACUCAAUCAGCAGUGCCAGACAACGCCCCCUCCAGGUCGCCAGGCGUAGUGAAAACCAAGGCCUCCUCCAUCAUUAUGAACUCCCUCAUCACCAAGCAGACGCAGGACAGUAUGUACAAGUUUGAGCAGAGGGCAGGGCUUACUGACACCAGCUAUACGCCCCACAAAGGCCUCACCGCCGAGGAGACAAGACACCACCACCGUAUGCCCGAUUCUCUCCAGAAACUACAGAUCCAGAGCAUGGAGGCCAGAGAAGAGAGGAACAGCUCCUCGGCCCAGUCGACUCCAUCCAACACACCACACAGCUCCCCGAAACAACAACGCAGGUCCUGGUUCAGCAGCACAGGUUCAGAGCUCAGCCUCAGCUCCUCCAACAGCAGCGUGGACAUGGGAGGGGGAGGAGACAUGGCAGCGGGAGGAGUAGGAGGCGUGGUCGAAAAGUGGAGCGUGUUCACGCCCCGGCCUCUCGUCCAGAAGUCGACCUCUGACCUGGGAUCAGACCCUACAGCCGCAGCAGGCUUUGCGCUGCAGGUGUACCGCGGUGCCCAGAAGCCGACCCCCAUGGAGGUGAUGAAGUCGCAGGCCACGCGGCUGACCGACAACGCCGCCGCACAGGCAGCGGCCCCUCCCAAAAUGGAGAUUCCCACGGUGGAAGGCCGGCGUCAGGGAGCGCGGCCGCACAAACUCAAACCCCGAGACAUGAACAUCCUGACACCGUCCGGCUUCUGAGAGGACAUGCAACGUCUAUCAGAGCUGCACGCCGCCCCAACGCUGAAGGUCCCAUGAAAUUAAAACCUGCUCCCAUAUCCCUGUGCAUACAUCUUCGGUUCACCUCCUGCUCCAAAUGUAAAACCUUUGCCCUCAGAGGAUAAAUCUGUUUCAUUACAACUACAACACGUCUUAGUUUUAGGACAGCUUGUAAACAAAGCCCCAAAGUUCAAUGAAUCUACUUGGAUGAGAAAGCAAAGAACGUUAAAAUUACAGACUCGUAAACAUCCAUCACAGGACCAAUAUUCUGCUUUAGCUUUGACCAACUGUUGUUACUGUAAUCAUUUUAUUAUCACAGAUAAAUCAGUUUCACCUCCAAAUAAAGUGGCAGCUAGAUCCCAGAACUCAAAUUACUUUUAUUGCCACAACCACAAAGCUAGCUGCUGCUAGGUUCGAAUCUGAGCGUCAGUCUGCAGCAACAUUGCCAAUACUGUUGUGGCUUAAAUGUAUCCUGCUCUCACACAUUUCCCUCCUCUUCAAAAACUUAUCAAACAUCAGCUGCUCAACCUCAGAAUAAUUUCAUGGGACCUUUUAGAGCAGCUCCAAUAUUCAGAUAACUACUGUCCUGUCCACCAACUUCACCACUGAUAUGGACAUUAAAAAAACACAGCUGAAAAGUUUCCCAUCUUCACUGCUUUGAGGCGUAUACUGUGUUGCUUGGCUGUAAAAUCAAACUCUCAUCCUUCACUCUUUAACAUCUAGCUGCAGCAUGUCGGCAUCAACACUGGCUGAAGUUAGAAAAUUCAGCAUGAAUCUAACCCCCUGAGUUCAAAUGACAAGGGGGGGCUUGUUUAUAGAGCUGAAGUUGAAGAUGAUGGUGAUCCUGGUUUAAAACAGUCCCCUGUAAAAUGCACUUUAUCCCAACUCUUCCCACCAGAGAGGCUCAAUUAAACUGCCCACCAGGAUGCAAAUUAAUGCAAGAAAAUACUCUCUGCUUUUAACAUCCUAUUUAUCUCUACAAACUUCUCAGUUGUCUGAUUAAAGGGGCAUUUCUCUAAGCAGGGUGGAGAGAAUAAAUCUAACACGUUCCUUAAGUAUAAUUUAAUACAAAUCAAACCAACAGAACAAAAAAAUUGUUAAAAAAAAAAGUUUGACUCAGGAAAUUUUGGAAAUUCGGCAAGCUCCUGCUCACUGAAACGUUCCACGUCUUUGUUUUAAUGUAUAGAUGAAGAUCUUUUAGCUGCUAUUGUAGCAACAGAUUUUGUUCCGUCGAGAUUAGUCACCUGGUGUGUGUAUUUAUAAAAAAAAAUCAGACCUACAUGCUACUGACAGAAUAGAUAAACAUAAAUAAUGGAAAAGAUUAAGAAGGUUUAAAGCGUCUUUCAGCCUUCAGUGUGCUCAGUUUUUUUUUUUUUUUUCUUGCAAGUAUGAAGGAUUCCCGAUUUCUGAUGUGUUUUGGUGCUUAACCACUUGACUGAAGAGAGAGCUGGUGUGGAAACUGCAGAGACCUUUUUUUUCUUACUCAAAAAGGCUUUCCACCGACAAACCUUCUCGCUUUUGGUUUGAAAGAUGAAUAUCAAAAAAAUGUUGGAAAAUAACUGAAAUUUAGCAUUAUAGAUAGUUUUCAGUCAUUUAUCCUGCUACAGUGCUAGCUUUGACGGUGGUAAUUGACUAUAUGCAAGGUUUCUGCAAGAUGAAGCUUGGUAGAGUUUAAACAGAGCUAAAUGAAAAUCUAGCUGCUGGCUGAUAGUUGUUAUUAUUUUUGUACUUUUAUUAAUAAGUGGAAGCGGUCUAUUUACUGGUGUAAUGUGACACAGCAGUGGAAGUUUGUCUGUUUAAUGGAGUAAAACAUUUGAAGUCAUUUACCACCUGUACCUAUGGUGUUUGUCAGAUGUUUCCCAGUUUCUCAUCCUUGUGUCAACGAUCCUGAAGCUAAACACAGAUCAAAACACACUCUGCUGUCAGCAGCUGUAAAUAUUAAAUGAUUAUGACUGUUUUCUGCUCAGUUACAUUUUGUUAUAUUUCACAUUCUGUGUUCACAAGUGCUUUGUGUUUAAAGUGCGAUGCUGUUCCCUUUAAAUCUCUUCCUGACUGAAGCAUCACGUCUCAGUUCCCUGGUGUGACUCUGUAGAACAGACUGACUGAGUUAUUGUAUAUUUCUGUUUAGCAUUUUUUUUUCCAGUUGAUGGUUAAGAGAUGUUUUCCUUGAUUUAUAGUCUUUAUACAGUUUAUUUUUCUUUGCCAAAACAGUUUGGACUUUAAAAAAUAAAUGUUACACUCUCAUCACAAAAACAAGA